AUGAACGAUAAAAACAAUAAUAAAAAUAAUCACAGAAACAAUAGAAAUAUCAAAGAAAAUAAUAAUAAUUAUAAUUAUAAGAAGAAUAAUUCAAUAUCACGACUAAAUUUUAUACCAUGUAUCAUAUUUAUUAUAUUAAUCUAUUCACAAUUCACAAUAACGUUGGUAUCCGCUCAAACUUUCGAUAUUACAAGUACUGCUAUCUCAAGUACUGAUAUUACAAGUACCAAUAUUACAACGAUUGCCACAGCCACAGAUACUCCAACCUCAACCUCAACCACUCCCACGAAUACCACUCAAUAUGAUGGACCCGAGAGAACAGGUGAAAGUGUACCUACAGAUAUUUCAAAUAAUACAGAUAUCACAUCUAAUAUUCCAAUUUCAAGUAGAGGUAAUGAAUAUCCAUUAGACGCUGCUAGUUAUCUUACAGGAAUAACAUUGAUAUCGACGGGACUUAUUAUCUUAUUCCGUGGUAAUAAAUAUAAAUGGUUAUCGAUAUUUUUUGCAGCAUUCUACGGAACAUACGUUAUCAGUCCGUCAUCAAAUGUUCGUUUUGUGUAUUUUAUAAUAUGCGUUGGAUCCGGAACUGCGGCAGGAACAUUUUUUGUAUUUUUAUGGCCUACCGGUAAAAUUUUGGUAGGAGGAUUAGGUGGUUUUUCGUUGUCAAUGAUCUGUCUAUCAAUUAAGAAUGAUGGAUUAAUUACAAAUCAAGUGGGUCGAUGGAUAUUUAUGGGAAUAUUUACAUUGAUAAUGGGUUUAUUGGCUUCAAUUAAAAGGAGCUAUCAAUAUCUAGCAAUCAUUUCAACGGCAUCAACAGGUUGUUACGCUUUAAUUUUAGGAAUUGAUGUAUUCGUUAAAGCCGGCCUAUUAGCUUCAUUUAAAACUUUUUGGGGAUUCAUACAACCUUCAGGUUAUGAAUUUAUAGUUGAUUAUAAAAUUGCGAUAAUAUUAUCCUCUGUAAUAGCCAUUGCGUGUCCAUUUGGAAUAGGAUUUCAAUUAUUAGAAUUAAAAUUUUAUGAUAACUCGCAACCUAUCACUGCUUUGGAUUUUGAUGGUACUGGUGAAUACUGUGUGACUGCUUCAGCUGACGAAACCAUAAAUCUAUAUAAUUGUCGAACGGGAAAAGUAGUUGCAUUGGAAAUGUCACCUAUUAAUGAUCAAUUCUUAACAGGAAGUAUUAAUGAAGGUAGACCUUGUGUGGGAUAUGAUCCAUCUGGAUUAGUAUUUGCAAUUGCCCUUCAACAUUCUGAUAAAACUAUCCAAUUACAUGAUGUUCGAUUAAAAUUUAGUAAUGAUGGACAAAAAAUAUUAAUAAAUACUUCGGGUGAUGUGCAUUAUAUAAUGGAUGCAUUUGAUGGUAAUUUAAAGCAAAGAUUAAUUGGACAUAUGGGUCUUGACAAUGCAUCAUCAUUUUUGGGUGGGGAAGAGACUUGUUUCACACCUGAUGAACCAAUGACAAUGAAACCUUUUCAUAUAUUGAAUCAUCAUACGUUACCAACUCAAGCAAUUAAAUUUAAUCCUAAUAAAUUACUUUUAGUUAGCGCUUGUACUGAUUUGGUAAGAUUUCAAUAA